AUUAGGGAAGAUUAUGAAGAAGCUUUAAAAUCCUAAGCCUGGCAUGUGGAAUGAGCAGUGUUCGGAGAGUUUGUUCUUGAGGAGUUGGUUAUCACAGGCAAUUUGAAAGAAAACCCAAAAGCAGCUUCCCUGACAAAAGAUGCCGGUGAUCAACAUCGAGGACCUGACAGAGAAGGACAAGUUGAAGAUGGAGGUAGACCAGCUCAAGAAGGAAGUGACCCUGGAAAGAAUGAUGGUUUCCAAAUGUUGUGAAGAAGUAAGAGAUUAUAUUGAAGAAAGAUCUGGAGAAGACCCUCUAGUGAAGGGGAUUCCAGAGGACAAAAAUCCCUUCAAGGAGCUCAAAGGAGGCUGUGUGAUUUCAUAGGCAGGAGGGGCAGAUUUCUUAGAAUAGUUAGAAUUUUAAUGAUAAUGCAAACUGUUCUAUAAAAUUAAACUUGUAUAUGUUGUUUAAAUUGAUAAACUUCAAGUUUUAAUAAAAAUGAAGAUGCAAUAA